AUCCAAAGAAAUAUGUUUUGAAACUGCGCCGGUCUCUGUAUGGACUUAAACAAGCUCCGCGCAUCUGGUGGGAUAGGAUGACCUCAUUCCUAUUGAAAGCAGGCUUCUAUCAGUGCGAUGCUGAGCCAGCUAUAUUCAUUUGCAGCCUGGAUAACAAAUUCCUCAUACUCCUCCUAUUUGUCGAUGACAUCCUGCUAACUGUGAUAUUGCAUCAGAAGGCAUAUAUACAGCGAAUUCUCGAGCGCUUCAACGCACCCACGAAUCCUGUUGCAACUCCACUUGAUCCCAAGCACCCACUUAUUGAGGCAACUAAUGCAGAAAGUCUAAACGAAACAGAUGCUUUGGAAUACCGUGCUGCAGUGGGAGAGCUAAUCUAUCUCAUGAUUUGUACGAGACCUGAUCUUGCAUUUGCACUUUCUCGCCUCUCUAAAUUUAUGCAGAAACCAGGUAUAAAGCAUGCCGCAGCGCUUAAGCGUGUACUCAGACUGGCAACUGCAUCAUAUGAGGUUAUCUGGCUUCGGAAACUCAUUCUCGCUAUCCUGCCUCAGUAUGCAGAACAUACAAUGCCUUCUAAUACAAUUCAUUGUGAUAACCAAGGCGCCAUUGCAAUUGCGAAUCAACCUAGUCACUCGCCCUCUACUAGGUCAAAACAUAUCGAUAUCCGUUUCCACGUUAUACGCGAGGCUAUUGCAAAUGGCCUUAUUCGUCUGGAGUAUAUUCGUACAACAGAAAUAACGGCUGAUAUAUUGACGAAAGCACUACCGAAGGAAUUGCAUGAAUAUCAU